CCCACACCAUAAUAUAUUAUUUACUCUCUCUGUAAUUGAACUAGAUUCUGGAUAGCGUGGUUAUGCUAGAACUAUAGAAGCUUGUGGAAUCAUAGAUGGACAAGCCAUUGUUCUCUUCAUUUGUCACUCGCUCUUCUUUUGCUUCUUUUUUGGUUCUCUUACUCAUAAUUAUACCUCUAAUUGUUAUAAUCUGUUUCUUGAGUUUCAAUUCUACAACUUUCUCCAUAGAGAAAACCUCUGAAUUGGUUGAUGUAGCAGAAGCAGAAGCUCCCACUCCAACUCAAUUUAUUAAUAGUUCUUCACAACACAAUGAAGCAUCAGAAGCACCAACUCCAUCUAAUUCAAAAGAAACAUCAGAAGCUCCAACUCCAUUUAGCUCUACAAAUUCUAGAGAAACAUCACCUCCCACUCUCGGACAAAAGAAAGAGACAACAUUGAAGCAAAAGGGGUUUAAUGAAGGUUUUGUGACUUCUAAAAGACACAGAAAGUUGCAGAAAAUUGAAGCAAGUUUGAGUAAAGCCAGGUCUGCUAUAAGAGAAGCUGCUCUGGUCAGGAAUUUGACAUCAACUCAUCAAGACCCAGACUACGUUCCUUGGGGCCCAAUAUAUAGGAAUGCAAAUGCCUUUCAUAGGAGUUACCUAGAGAUGGAGAAGGUGUUCAAGAUCUAUGUAUACGAAGAAGGAGAGCUUCCAAUGUUUCAUAAUGGUCCAUGUAGGAGUAUAUACUCCACAGAGGGAAGGUUCAUCCAUGAAAUGGAGAUGGGACAACUUUAUCGUACAAGAGACCCAGAUGAGGCCCUAGUGUACUUCCUUCCAUUUAGUGUGGUCAUGAUGGUUCAGUAUCUAUACGAGCCCAAUUCAAAGGACAUUGAUGGUAUUGAACGUGCUGUGGUUGACUACAUACACAUCAUUGCCAAUAGACAUCCCUUUUGGAAUCGAAGCCUUGGGGCUGAUCAUUUCAUGCUGUCUUGCCAUGAUUGGGGGCCAAAAGCAUCUUCCUUUGUUCCACAUUUGUUUCACAGGUCUAUUAGAGUUCUGUGCAAUGCUAAUACUUCUGAAGGAUUCAAUCCUUCAAAGGAUGCAUCAUUCCCAGAAAUCCAUCUUAAGACAGGGGAAAUCACAGGGCUUAUAGGUGGCCUCGCCCCAUCUCGCCGAUCAAUUCUUGCUUUCUUUGCAGGUCGUUUACAUGGCCACAUUAGGUACCUACUACUAGAGCAAUGGAAAAACAAAGACCAAGAUGUGCAAGUCUAUGACCAACUUCCUGAUAAAGUAUCUUAUAACUCAAUGUUGAAGAAGAGUAGGUUUUGCUUAUGCCCAAGUGGAUAUGAAGUAGCAAGUCCAAGAGUUGUGGAGGCAAUCUAUGCUGAGUGUGUGCCAGUGUUGAUUUCUGAUAGUUAUGUACCACCUUUCAGUGAUGUUCUAAAUUGGAAGUCAUUUUCUGUACAAGUGGAAGUGAAGGACAUACCAAAUAUCAAAAAGAUAUUGAUGGGCAUAUCUCAAAGGCAGUACUUGAGAAUGUACAAGAGAGUAAAACAAGUUCAAAGACAUUUUGUUGUGAAUGGACCUCCUAAGAGAUUUGAUGUUUUCCACAUGAGUGUUCACUCUAUUUGGCUUAGAAGGUUAAACACCCAAAUUCAAGAUCAAUAACUGCGGAUGAAUGGGUUGGAAUUGAUUGGAGUUGCCAUUCAAUUGAACCCAUGUCAAGGGAAUUUCUGAUAAAUUGAUAAGGUUUUGGAGAAUUUUCCAAAUAAGAUUUUGAGUUCUGACUA